CUGUUGUCGCUCUCUUUUCCACAUCGCAAUCUUUUUUUUUUCUUUUUUAAUCACUCUCCCCUCCCACAACACUAUUUGAUCAUCAUCUAAUCUAGUAACCGACUCGUGGAUGCACACCAAAGAGACGGACAAACUGGCAGUGAAGAAUAACUCACAAGCACCACCUAGCAACACCAUCGAUAUGGAUCCCUCAGCACCAGCCGCUUCGUCAACGCCUGCCGCUCAAAGCGAUCAGCAGCCUGCCAUAAGCGAGACAUCUCAAAGGAGCGGUAACCCACGAAGGGGCGGUCGUUCGAACCAGCAAUCAGGCCAGAAGGAAUCACAAGGCAAGGGCAGAGGAUCCAACAAUCACCGCAAUGACAAUCGCAGAAAGGACAAGGACAAAGACAAGACCGAUUCCUCGACUGCACCCGCCCUCAACUCACGGGCGCCAAGGACGAUAGCCGCUACGGACCCUGUUGAUUUGCAGGCCGGAAAGACAUUGCCGACAAGUGACACCAGCACCGAGGCAAUUCCCGCAGCAGCUGCGGGUGACGAAAAUGCGGAGCAACACUCCUGCUUCAUCUGCACUGAAAAUAUUGUUAUUUUUGCAGUGUCAGAUUGCAAUCAUCGCACAUGCCAUCUUUGCUCUCUGCGUCUGCGCGCGCUUUACAAGACCAAGAACUGCGCCUAUUGCAAGGCUGAUCAGGGCAUCAUGAUCUUUACGCGGGAUCCAGAAAAGGCGUUCCAGGACUACGAUCUCAAGCAGAUGGCAUAUUUCGACCGCAAGCUGAACGUGUAUUUCGAGGACCAGGAGAUGUACGAGGAUACCAUGGUGCUACUGAGGUUCAACUGCCCGGACCCCACCUGUGAAGUUGCCUGUCCAGACGGCUGGAACCAACUCAAGUCACACGUCAAGAAGGUCCACAAGUUGAUGCUUUGCGACCUUUGUGUCCGCCAUAAAAAGGUCUUUGCACACGAGCACAACUUGAUGACGGCCUCUCAGCUUAUGAAGCAUUUCAAGAACGGUGACUCUGGACAGACAAACCAAAACUCGGCCGAGCCUUCUGGGUUUAACGGACAUCCAGAGUGCGGGUUCUGCAAGGAGAGCUUUUAUGGCGAUGACGAACUGUUUGAACACUGCAAAAAGAACCACGAGCAGUGCUUUUUGUGUCUUCGAAGGAAUAUUCGCCACCAGUAUUACAACAAGUAUCCGGAUCUCGAGCGCCACCUUCACUCUGAGCACUAUGCCUGCAUGGAUCCAGAGUGUUUGGAAAAGAAGUUCGUCGUAUUUGAUUCGGACUUGGAUUUGAAGGCCCACGAGGCUGAGAUGCAUCCGAACUCGACCCAUGGCCAGCGAACGAGACUAAGAGAUGCCCGGAAGAUCGAUAUCAGCUUCAAUUACCAGUCUACUAGCGAAAGCUCUGGAUCUCGUCGUGGCGGCCGCAACAACCGUCAAAAUGGACGUGAUCAGGGCCAAAGCCGCCGCGCGCAGGAGGAAGAGGUCCCACGUCAGCCUCAACUUACACCCCAUCAGGUUCAACAGAUCGCCCUCCAACAGCAAAUGGCGGAAGAACAACAAAGACGCAACAACAAUGAGAUUCAGGACGCUGCGCAGGAAGGUGUCUCAAAUCUUUCGCUUGAUUCCUCCGCUUCAGGAACUAAAUCCAUGAUGCGAACUAAACCGCCCACUGGCUUUGGCUCGAGCCUUACAGAGCCGACUCCAGUGCGGCCCCAGAGCUCAGCGACUUCUGCCGCUGCUCGAGUUGCUGCGGGCAUUCAGCGAACAGCGAGUCCUAUGAGACCCUCUUCGCCCGUCGUCGUAAAUCAGUCCAAAGCUGAAUGGCCUGCUGUGUCCGCUGCAUCUGCGGCCCCAGUGGCAUCGACUGCAAGCCCUAUAUCUCGUCCUCAAUCGUCAUCCGGUGCUAGCAGCUCGCGAGGCGAUGUGGCCUCCGAAACUGUCAACAAACACGCCGCUUUGCAGGAUAGGGUUCAGCAGUACUUACAAGGCUCGUCAGGAACAUUGUCUCAAUUCAGAACGCUGACGACCCAAUACCGCAACUCUCAGAUUCCAGCCAACCAAUACAUCGCUUCGCUGUCCUCUCUCUUUUUGAACGAUCUUGAUAAAACCGGCAAGAUUAUACAGGGACUCUAUGAUGUUCUGGACUCGGAGAGCAAGAAGGUGGACAUGAUGCGUGCUUGGCGUGACUACAAGACGGUGCAGACUCAGUUCCCGUCGCUAGAGUCGACUGCAACGUCCAGCCCGACUAUGGCAGACAUUGUGACCCCAUCCACGCGCCGUGUGCUUGUAAUCAAGUCUUCUGGAACGACCCGUGGUGGACUCGGACAUUCAAAGCCAAAGUCGACGGCGACCUGGGAUCGAGCAGCGGCAGCGGCAGCGUCUUUGAACAGGACGAGUUCUCCUUCAGGGUCAAAGUCAACCGCUACGCCUGUGUUCUAUCCGACUCCGCAGCUGAAUUCGUCUGCGGCAUGGUCUCUGCCGCGGGGGUCAGGCGAUAGCGCCGUGCCGGAGCCCAGUUUGGGUAAUGGUAGUAGUACCAAUCAGAGCAGCAAUACUAAUGUCGGCAGUGCCAGUCGAGGUCAGUCUACAUCAUCAUGGGCAGGAAUCUCGCAGUCGUCGUCCGGAAAGAGUUCCCCAACACCUCAGUUCCGGCCAUCGAGUUCGACAGGUGGGCGCGGUCGAAUCGGAGGCACUGCAGAACAGUUCCCUUCGCUGGUAGGACAGGCACCUGUUGGAGGUAAGCCCUCAUUGGGGCUGCUGCCGAUGCAAAAGAGCAGGAGUAACCAGGCCAAUCAGGAUGAUGCGCCGAAUGGGUGGGUGAUGGGCUGGAGCAACCUUACAGCGGAUCAGGGCGAUGGCGAGGAGGAGACUGCGGGCGGCAAGAAGAAGAAGAACAAGAAGAAGAUUCUGUUUCAUGUUGGAUAAACGCUGUUGCACUGGGCAGCGUGCAUUGUAUGCGUUGGGUUUUGAAUUAGAACUGUAUCACUAAUUGGUAGACUUGCGUAGUCAUUCUUUGUUGGCUACGCAUAAAAAGAAGAAAAAACUUUCCAAC